GCACGAUGCCCAAAUGUGGUGGUACGAGCCGGUCUUGGUGUGCGUGGCCUUGCUCCCGUCCAUUCUGGCCAUCCGGAUCAUGCCGCUGGACGUUUGGGAGAAGGAGAGCUUUGUCGCAGAGACGCCUAGCAAGCGAGCAAACUUGGAGGAGGUGAAUGUGGUGACGCCCACCUCUUCUCCAAUGCCACCAUCUCUGCACUCCCCAGACCGGCCCAAGCGCCAGAGCGGGGUCUCCAAAACCAGCUCUGAGCCUGGGGCCCUGAGUGGGCCAGCGCGGAUGCUGUGGGAGGAGCGCUCGCCCGAGCGGCCCGAGCGGCCCGAGCGGCCCCGACCUGCGCCUUUGGCUCUGCCCGGGGUGGAGCAGCGGCCCACGCGGGCGCGGUCGAGGUCGGCGCCCCCCUCCGGCAUCGCCGGCUGCUGCAGUGACCUGCGCGUGGGCCUGGAGAACUGCCAAGUGGUCGCCCACGAUAGCCCCCAAGUGACCAUCCGAAACGAGCGGCGGCAGGCGCAGCUGCCGCAGCCUGAGUCAGUGUUUGCCAGCCCGCAGAGAAUAGAGGAGGACUCGCCCCCGCAGCACAACUUGGAAACCCGUGCAGAAGCCGCCGCCGUUACCACUGUUAUGUCUGAUCCGCAGUCGCCAGAGCCGCUUAGACCGCUUGGGCUGCGUGAUGACUCCAUUGCUGUGCAGAUCGGACGGACCCAAAGCUCGGAAUCCGUCAAGAGCUGGAGGCGGCGAUGCUUCCUGAGAUUUUCGCUUGGCUGGCCGAAGCCAGGUCUCACCAAUGGCCUGCGGCUUGGGGCUUGUGUUUUGGAGAUCCUCCUGGCGCUGUCCUCUCUGGCAGUUCUGAUCAUUUCCCCCUUGAUCGCUGGUUUUGCGACGAGCGAAGAUCUUUCCAUAGCUUUACCGUGGACGCAGACUCCGGUGGUUUGGCCACCCCUUUUUCAGCCCACAGCCGCCAUGCUCAGUGGCUCGGAGCUGCUGCUUGCGGCGGGCCCUUUGCUGCGCACCUUCCGUGGGAAUCCCUGGGUUGCCGGCGCGCCCGUGGUGCUGCCGCACAGCGCCAGGAGUUUGGGCGACUGGAGCGGGCACCUCGUGGCGCUCUCGGCCUCCGGCUCCAGCGCCUCCAGCGCCUCCAGCGCCUCCAGCGCCUCCAGCGCCCAGAGUCUCUUCGUCGCCUCGGACGCCGUGGCUUCGGGCGGCGCGGGCGCGGCGGCGUCCGGCAGCGCCUUGGACCUCCUGGCCGCCCCGGAGCUCGGCGGCGCCUCCUUGCCAGUGCCCAAGGCCCAGGGCGAGGGCGGCGCGGUGCUGGCGCUCAGCGAGGCAGCGGCGGCCUUGGUGCUGGCGAACCCCCAGGGCUUGCAGCUCUGCAGGGUCUCCAACAACUCCAAGGAGCUCAGGGUUGACUUUGUCUCCAACCUGAGGCUGCCAAGCAAGGGGAACUUCACGGCGCUGCACCUCUGCCCCGCCCCCAGCUGCACCUCGGAGCCGGUGCUCUGGGCCUUCGACGCGGCGGCGCGGCGUGUGGUGGCGCUGGGCUUCGCCAGCGGCCGCGCGCUCGGGGCCUUCCGGGUGCCGGACACCGUCGGCCGGGCGCUGGUGACGGGCAACGGCAGCCACCUGCUGCUGGUGGCAGUGGGCGAGCCAUCGUUGGUUUUCUCUACGCCACAUCCUGCACUGGAGUGAGCGCUUCGGCCUUACGCUCGAGAUUGUACAGACCGGUGGCUCACUGGAUGUGGCUGCCUACGACGCAGAUGUGUAGUUAGCUUCCUUAGACCGGCCAUUCCGUCUCACUAGCGCGCUGUCGAAAGACAACAGGGCUCAGUUUCACAAGAGCACAGUCUUAGCCACUCCCCAAGCUCUUGCAGCGCUGCAAGCAUCUUUGCCCGUUGCA